GAAAUUUCUCAGAGUUCUUCCUCUACCAAGUGAAAACUGGAGUGCUUUAGUUGACGAGUGGUGUUGUCACCCUAACCCCUUUGCCAGAAGCACUUUGCACCCUCAGCAUGAUGACUGUUUUCUUGGAGACACUUUUUUUCUGUUGAAUUCAGCGAAUGAAUCACAUGUGCCUGAAUCUCCCAUGUGCUGCUCAGGGACUGGACACCAUGCUUCUCAGAGUGACUCCAACUUGAAAUCAAAGGAAAACACCAGAGUAAUUUGUAAGCGCUGCAAGACAAUGCUAGGAGAAACAGUAUCAUCAGAUACCAUUAAAUAUUAUGUCACCGAGGUGAUUAUUCAACCAUCUGAAGGAAGUUUCAGCCCAACACCAAGGUCUCAGUUCGUACAGAGCAUGGUUGCUCAGUGUCUUGUGGAAUUGUCCUCUGCUAAAAGCACAUUUAGAUUCACUGUGAAAGGGGAUAAUGGAAAAAUCUAUAUUCUGAUAUGGCUUUUAAAUUCUGACACAUUGCUGGUGGAGUCUUUAGGAAGUUCCUCGUCCCACAGUGUUUUUACACUGUUUGGAGAUAUUUUCAUGCCUAGCUCUGGACCACUGGGGACCUGGAAUGCUGUCAAAGUCCUUUACCAGCCGUGCAUUAAAAGCAGGAAUAAGGAGUAA